AUGGAAAGGACCAACGGAUUCCUCGCCACCAGCAGGAACCACAACCUCCGGGAACUGCGCAAUGGGACUUACUACCUGGCCCAAGGCGUGAUUGACAGCAUGGACCGCCACGACGAGCGAGAGCAUCAAAACGACCACGUCCGCUCGAAGAGUCCCGGGGCCGACGAAGACACAUUCUCCGCCAAGGGCAGCCCCUCGUCCGACAGCAACUCUUCCUGUCACAGCCGAUGGCCCACGGACACGAACGACCAGCAGCGCGAGCCACCGACCGAACAACCGCUGGACUUCUCCUUCAAGAGCAAAGUGGCCUUCCGCCGCUUUUCACCGCCGUUAUCUGAAGCUGACAAGUCACCACCUCAGACACACGACUCUUUGGACGUCAUCACUUGUGACCUGCCCAGGCCGUGGACUGCUCCCGAGGUUCGCCAUUCCAAUCCAAUCGUGGUCAUACCCAGCACGUCCACGGCGGCCACCACUGCAGCGGCCGUUUCGCCGUCAUCCGCAGAAAUCCCGUUCGUGACGAACGGCUAUACGAACGGAUUUGGCCUCAUGCCUUUUGUGUCAUCCAUGCCAUCGCCUACGCUAAGCGGGCUGUGCGAUACAACGGUGGCACCUCCUCUGGUCAGGCCGCCGCCCUCUCAGCAGGCGGCGUUCCCGUCCAUGUCGCUGAUGUCGCCAGUGACGACCCGAUCCAGCCCGCCAUCCAGCAGCACGCCCACGUCAUCGAAGUACCAGCGACCUUUCAAGAGGUACCAGCGCGGAGAACCACUCAGCUUGGGCGUGUGCGGCAUUCCCGGCGUGUACCUGCCGUCGGUAGCCCCGGCCAUGACACCCGGUUUCCCCAUGGCCGACCCGUCGCUCGAUCCAGAGUUCGCGGCGUUUCGCGAGCACUAUAUGCCGGAACGUGCCAGGAACGGUCGCCAGGACGCGCACAGGCGGUCCAAGACCAAGUCCUCUCCUACGCCAUCCACGCGCCAGCCAGACGCUGAAUCCACUCAUCAGUCGCUCAGCAACGGCAAUACGACGCGACGCCCGGACAGUGGGGACGAUGGCGAACGCACUUCGCCGGAUAACAGCAACUCGUCGACGGCGACUGCCACCAACGGGUCGACGAAGCAGUCCAACGGCGAGGCUGGCACGAACGGAUGCAACGGUGUGGCGAACGGCGGCGGUGACUUCUCGCCUCCGAACGGUGACAUUGCCGACGGCGGCGGUCCCAUUCGCAACGGGCGGCAACGGUCCAAGCGGCCCGACAGCCAGAAGGACCAGGCGUACUGGGAACGCCGCAAGAAGAACAACGAGGCUGCCAAGAGGUCCCGGGACGCUCGUCGGGCCAAGGAAGACGAGAUCGCCAUCAGAGCCGCCUAUCUGGAGACCCAGAACGCGCGCCUCCAGUACGAGCUCGCCAAGGCGCUCGCGGAGGUGUCGCUGCUGCGCCAAGCCCUGCGCUCGGGCAUGGCCUCCAGCCUGCAAGACCAGUAGGGGGCUGUGAUGUGUACUCUCAAGCACCAACGCUGCUACCGUCACGCAAGACUCCAGUCGUGGUGGCUGGAGCCAAGGGAUGCAGGUCAGACGGUGUUACUGGUCCCCUCGA